CUAUGUGAAAUUUAGCAGCUUAUAGAGUCGGCAUGGCCAUGGCCUCACUGGGAUGACGCUGUCAAAUGACCUUUGAAACAGAGCACAGAUCAAGGAUUGAACGCUGAUUUAAAGUAGUAUAUGGACACAAGCAAACCCAGAGUUCUAUCAUUAGAGGAUUCAAGAAAGUAAACCAGGUGUUCUCGACAAGCCAGCCUGUUGUUAGCUACUUGUAGUUUUGAUUAGGCUAUAGUUUAAAUCGUUCGUUUUGUGUCGAAUUUAAAACGAAACUCACGCACAUCCAAUAAUAGCCUACGUCAAAUGGUCAACCAUUUCUUUGAAACUUGGACAGGCAGUAACAAUGUUUUCAUUUAUAACAUCGUUUCUCCCGAAUUUACCGGAAUGGCUUACGCUGGACGCAAAUCCUCUGGAGAGUUUACUGCAAGGAGUUGUGGGCGCAUGUGGAAUAUCAAUACUAUGCAACCUGUUGAGAGUUCACUUGUUCUUGGAGUCAGAAAGGAACGAGGACAGCAGUAAAGACACAUCAAGCCAGAAGAAAUCUAGCCAUCAAGGCAAUGUUACAAGUGGGAUAGGUGGAACACUUCAGUUUUGGUUCCUGACAGGAAUAAUCUCUGUUGUGGGCUCUCGAGUAACCUCCCUUGUGGUUUUGGAAUUUACCCUCAGAGCAGUCUCUGCUUGGUUCACUGCUGGGUCUGAGUCAAGUACGUUUCUGCGGCAACAGCUCGUUCAGUGCCAAUUCUCUCUUGGCUGUGCGCUCAGCUGCAGUCUCCACUUUCUCCACGAGGGGGCGGCGCAACGCUGGCUCUGCUUGCUUCUGGCUGCAGCAUUGAGCUCUUACAUGGCCAAGCAAGCGGUGCGCCUGCAUCUCCAUGUCAGGAGACUGUACAGACUCCACAGCUCUCAGCGCUACUGCGGAGUGUGCAUUUCGCUCUUGUCAUCGGGCAGCUCUGUUCUACCAUCUCUAAACAAGGCCCUUGUGAUCACGUUCACAGUUGCUGCAGUGGCUGCCAUAUCGGUUAUCAAUAAACACUUCCUCUCUGCUACAGAAGCACUCAGGUUCUGGACACCACUGACUAUCUGCUACACACUGCUGGUAGUGUACAUGCAAGAGGAACAGCACCGCCAGUCCAGUGGGCAGGCUGUUCUCAAUACAGUGGGGGUGCGUCUUGGGGGGUUAAUGGUGCUGAUGCUGACUAUCGGGCGAUGGGCAGAUGUUUUCCACAUAUUCAUGUGCUUCCUGGGCGAAGCAGGCUGUCUGAUUCCCACCACAGAUCUCCUGGAUGAUACACCACAGGAAGAUGAGCAGUUUUCGAGACCGGACACUGAGAACUGGAGGAUCCAAAAGACCACAAGCCACAAGAGAUAACUAUAUGAGCUCAGCCUAUUGGUUUAUUUUUUUAUUCAAUGUGAGGCACAUAUCCUAUUAACUGUACACAGUGGGCUACACGUUUGUCGUAUGUGAAUAUAAAGGAAAAACAUUUAAUACAUGUGUUGAAGCCUAAAAACAAAGUACAUCUGCAAACCUUAAUAAUAUGGCAAUUUUACUAGCCAAACAUUAAAGAACUGAGUUGGAGCUACCAGCUCAAUUCCCUGCACGCUGUCCUCACAUUGGUUCUGAUGCUGUGUGUACUCCCUGGCUCACCUAUAGGCUUUGGUUUAUUGUUCUUCUCUGAUGAGUGUGUGACAAUGUAAGCUACUUCAAGAGCUUUGCAACACAGAUCUUUAUCAAAUAAAGACUUGUAAUUAUUCACAGCAAUUAGCUAUGUAAUGAACAUCAUUG